CAUGAGAUGAGACUUGAUGAGCUUAUAACCAAAAAUCAAUUCAUAUAAAUUUCAAUAAAACAUUUUCUUGCCUUAGUUUGACUUGAAUUUAGCCCUUUUAUAUAUAAAUAAUCAAACUUUAGUUCUUUGGUCAUUAAUUCCCAACUUUCUCACAACAAAAGAAAAGUCUCUGUUUUUCUCUCUCUCUUUCCAAGAGCUUUCCUCUUCUUCAUCUCUCUUCUUCUUGUUCUUCUUUUUCUUCAUUCUUCAAUUCAUUUUAAACAAUCUUUCAUUUACUAUUAUUUACUUUCUCAUCAAAUCAAGUCCUUAUCAAAAACCCAAGUGAAGAAAAUGAAGAAAGUAAUAGUGAAAUUGGAUUUACAUGAUGAUAAAGCUAAGCAAAAAGCUCUCAAAAAAGUCUCAACUCUUUCAGGCAUUGAUUCGAUUUCUAUGGACAUGAAAGAGAAGAAGUUGACAGUAGUGGGUGAUGUAGACCCAGUUGAAGUGGUGAGCAAAUUGAGAAAAACUUGGUUCACAGAGAUUGUAUCAGUGGGACCAGCCAAGGAAGAAAAAAAAGAUGAGAAAAAACCAGAAGAGAAGAAAAAAGAAGAAGAAAAAGAAAAAGAAAAGAAAGAUGAAAAAAAACCAGAUGAAAAAAAGCCUAUUGAUGAUAAACAACAAAUUGCAGCUCUUGUUAAUGCCUAUAGAGCUUAUAAUCCUCACAUGACUCAAUAUUAUUAUGUCCAAAGUAUAGAAGAAAAUCCAAAUGCUUGUGUUAUUUCUUAGUUUAAUUAAUUAAUUACUUAAUUAAUUACCUUUUAUUUGUUAUGUAUACAUAUAUAUAUAUAUUUAUUAUAUGUGAUGCUUUGUGAAAUUUUUGUUGAACUUUGGUGAUUUUCCAAACACCCUUUUUUUUAGGUGACAUUUUUCUUAUAUUAGGACUUUUAUUUUUGUUUGGUGAGGGAUUUUUGUAUUGGUAGAACUAUAUUUUGGGACAAAUUAUUAAAAGGGUUUUUUUUUUUUUUUUGGUUUGUGUAGUACAUAUAAUUCUUCUUCUUCUUCUUCUUGCUAUGAAAUUAUUGGAGGAUGUCAUUAAUGUAUACUAUAAAUUAUUGAGUAAUAUUAUUACUAUAUUUAUAUUC